AUGUCCAUCCUCAUCUCUGUCCCUGCUGGCCGAUGCCACCGUCGCUCGCCCGAUUCGAAAUGGGUUGAUCCUGCGCCCGAGAAGGGGUCGAUCGAGAUGAAGUUUGAGGAUGAUCUGAUGCACCUCUGGUGGAAAAGCAAGAGCACAGGAUCUAUCGAAGAUGAAUUGAUCGUCUUCCCUGGAGAAGCUACCUUUGAACAGGUCAAGCAGGAUCCUACUGGCCGAACGCACAUCCUCAAGUUCUCCAGCUCUGACCAGAACUACUUCUUCUGGUUCCAGAGGGCCAACAAGUCGACCGACCUCCGCGCUCAGGUCGACCUGAAUGCGUUCCUCCAGGAUCCGUCGUACCGUGUUGGCUCUGCUCCUCUCCCCGCUGUUGCCGCUGCGAUCCCUAGCACCCCUAUGCCCAGCUCUUCCUCCGGCUCAAGCGGACCUUCUGCCCCCGGCGCCCCCGCUCGGUCAGCCGCAGGAGCCGCCUCCCUCGAACCCGCCGCAACCCCCUCCGCCCCUUCUGCCGGUACCGGCGCCGCCGCCUCUUCCUCCUCCCUCUCGACCCAAGAAGAGAUGGCCCGCCUCCUCGUCCAAUGGGCCCAAAGCGGCGGUAUCUCCUCCCCCUCCGGAGCGGCCGCAGACGACGCCGCGCGCCUCACGGACGUUCUGUCCCCGGCCAACAUUACCGCCCUCGUCCGGUCGGACCCUUCCAUCGGCGCCCGGCUCAAACCGCUUCUCCCUCCCGCACUGGGUCUGUCUGAGAAUCCCACAGCGGAGGACCUCAUCCCGGUAUUGACGGCUCCGCAGAUCACGGAUGCGGUAGCGAGUCUGGAUAACGCCUUGAGGAGCGGUGGGCUUCCGGGCGGGAUGAUGCGGGAUCUGGGGUUGCCGGAGGGGGCGGGGACGAGCGUGAAGGCGUUCUUGGACGCGCUGGCGGGUUUGAAGAAGGGAGAUGCGGCAUCAGAGGAUAGGAUGGAGACGGACGAAUAA